GCGUAGACGUUCCCCAAACCACUCUUAGUGCACCCCACACAAUGGCGAACUCUGCAUGGUCAACAGAUGACUGGGAAAGACGAUACGAUCAGCCGGUACCGGCUUAGCUCGCUCGAUGCUAUGUACUUUGCCCAACAUAUUUUGUGAACCUUUCUGCCGUUCAGUUUCUCCAUUCGAAAUUUGUGAGUUCUCAUGAUGGCGUCGGAAGCCACGAGAGCCCCACCGGAGGCCAUCAGUCCACCCACCAAGGAAAACAUGCAUCGAGAUGUCGAAGUCGGAUCUGAUGUGGUUGAUGUGGACAGGAUAGAAAAGGUUUACGCGAAGCUCGAUCGCCGGAUCCUGCCAGCGUUUUGGAUACUCUACUUCAUGUGCUCCGCCAUUCGUUCUAAUAUUGGACUCGCGCAAACCAUGAAUUUGGACAACGGCCACGAUCUCGCCUCACAACUCAACUUGACGCCCAAACAGGUCUCCACCGGUCUUGCGCUGUUCUACGUGUGUUAUGUUAUUUUCGACUUACCGUCAAAUCUGGUCAUGGCGAAAGCUAGUCCACAUGCUUGGAUGAGCAGGAUUGUCAUUAGUGUGGGGAUCAUCGGCAUGUGUUUGACUGCCAUGAAGGCUGCGUGGAGUUUCUACCUUCUCCGUCUACUGCUCGGCAUCGUUAUUGCGGGCAUGUGGCCUGGCAUGUCAUACUACCUGACGCUCUUCUACCCGCCAUCACGAACUGGAAAACGCAUUGGACGGUACUUCACAGCAUCACAGGUAUCUGCCGCGGUAGUCGGUCUCGUAUCAGCCGGAUUCCAGAAGAUGGAUGGAAUUGGUGGACUUGUUGGUUUCCAGUGGAUGUUUCUUCUCUACGGUAUCGUGGGCUUCCUAGUCGGCAUAUCACUUCUUUGGUGGCUUCCUGAUCGCCCUCUUCCGCCAGGCGAAGUUCGAGUGCGAACGGGCUGGGAACGAUUCCUGCCAAACAGCAGACCAGCGCUCACCGGAGAAGAUGCCAGAAUACACUAUGAAGAUCUGACGAGGGUGUACCGCCGCCGUCCUUGGAAUAUGAAAGACGUUGGGAAAGUGCUCAUCGACUGGAGACUCUGGCCUCUGGCAAUGAUGUAUUUUGGUGUCGUGGGUGUUGGAAUCGGGACGCAAAACUACGCCUCCGUCAUCAUUCGAGGCAUCAACCCAACACUCAGUGGCAUCGACUUGAGUCUGCUGACCGCGCCAAUUUGGAUUAUGGAUCUCAUCGCCAUCCUCAUCGUCACUCCGCUCUCGGAUCGUUUCCAUCACCACCGCGCUCUCUUCUUCAGCUUGCCCGUCUUGAUCCAGAUUACUGGCCUGCUCGUAACCACAUUUGCUGGCAGCGGCAACUCAUGGUCGCGAUACGGCGGACUCUUGAUGGUUGGCUUUGGGCUCGGGCCAACAGUACCAAUAUGCAUGACAUGGACAAACGAGAUCUUCCAGCCGCGCCACGGCGAAGUCGGUGUCGCAGCAGCCAGCGCACUCGUCUCCGGACUGGGCAACUUGGGCAGCAUCCUCACCACCUACGCGUUGUAUACGGGGUGGCCUGCAGAUUCCAAGGGGCUACAUAAGUACCGCAAAAGCAAUCUGGUCAUGGUUGGCAUUCUCUGCCUCAGUAUACUGAGCGCGGUGGCUAUGGUUGUUCUGCUAAGAGUUUUCGGAAAUGGAAAGGGGAAAGUCAGUAGCGCAAGUUCGACGAGUGAAGGCGAGGCUGAGUUUGUCGACGGGGCGGCGCGGCGUGAGGUACAGCAGCGUGGGCUGGGACACCUGUUUUGCUUCAGGUAACUUGAUGAUGGACCCUGAGGCGGGCGGAAGGCGUUCCUCUAUACUAGAUCGGAAGGCUGGCGCGCAACGGGAUAUCGUAGUUCAUUACCAAUACGUCGCGACGUCUGUGACGUAGAGUCACGCGGAGGGUGAAUCGCGUGGGGGCGGGUGCGGGAGGAGGCUCUUAAUAUACUUUAAUGCAAGUCAUCAGGCUGAGGCU